GCGGCGACGGCGACGGUUGCCGUUGAGUGCAGGCUUUCUCCGCCGACGUUGGCUUGCGAGUGCGUGCGUGCGUGUGCUUCGGUGAAGCGGCGUCGUAGGGGAGGCGUGUGCCCCCGCUUGUCAAACGAAGGAAUCCUGCGCACGCGAACCGAGAUCAUGGCGGGAACGCGGCAUUCUCUUCUGCUGUCGGACGAACAACGCGAGGAGCUCAGCGGACAGUUCGAAACGUUGAGCAAGGGCUUCGUGGAGCUGUCGAGUCUCCGCGAUGCCCUGGCCACGGUGGGCUUCAAGCUUCCCCAGUGGAAGGUCCGUCAGAUGAUCGAGGACAUGGAGAGGCGUCGAGGCGCCCUGGCCGAACCGGGACGCCUGUCGAUGGCCGAGUUCGAGCAGAUCUACGCCGAGCUGCGCGGCCAGGAGGUCUCGGCGGGCUUCAAGGCCAUGCUGUCCAAAAAGGACAACGUACAGACGCUGGGAGGCAUGUCCGAAGCUUCCAGCGAAGGCACCACACAUUCCGUUCGGCACGAGGAACGAGCCGCCUUCUCCGAUUGGAUAAACCGGAACCUCAGCUCAGACCCCGACUUGGCGCACCUGCUUCCUAUCCCGAUGCCCGGCGAGGUCCUGUACGAUCGCGUCAAGGACGGCAUCCUACUCUGCAAGAUGAUCAACCACUCCUGCCCGGAGACGAUCGAUGAACGGGCCAUCAACAAGAAAGGCCUCACCGUGUACACGAAGCACGAGAACCUGACGCUCGCCCUGAGCUCGGCGCAGUCCAUCGGCUGCAGCAUCGUUAACAUCGACGCGCACGACUUGGCGCGCGGCAAGCCGCACCUUGUGCUGGGCCUGCUCUGGCAGAUAAUCAAGAUCGGCCUCUUCAACCAGAUCACGCUGCAGCACUGCCCGGGUCUCGUGCAGCUCGUGCACCCGGGAGAGGACAUGGCGCACUUGCUCCACCUCGCACCCGAGGCCAUUCUGCUGCGCUGGUGCAACUACCACCUCGAGCGGGCCGGCACCAACCGCCGGCUGAACAACUUCACCUCGGACGUGCGCGACUCUGAGAUCUACACCAUCCUGCUGCGCCAGAUCGCCCCGGUCGGAUCGGGCGUCACGACCGAGGCGAUGCGCGAGGCCGACCUCCUGGCGCGGGCUGAGGUCAUGCUGCAGCAGGCUGACAAGAUCAACUGCCGCUCCUUCCUGAGCCCACAGGACGUGGUCGACGGCGUGUACAAGCUGAACGUGGCCUUCGUGGCCAACCUGUUCAACAACCACCCAGCGCUGGACGUGCCAGAGGACGGCAAUGCCCUAGAAGGCCUCGAGGGACUAGAGGAGACGCGCGAGGAGAAGACGUACCGCAACUGGAUCAACUCGAUGGGCGUGAAUCCGUACGUGAACUGGCUGUACAGUGACCUGGCCGACGGGCUCGUCAUCUUCCAGCUGUUCGACGUGAUCCGGCCCGGAUUGGUGAACUGGACGCGCGUGCACCGCAGCUUCAGCCGGCUCAAGGGCUUCAUGGAGCGGCUGGAGAACUGCAACUACGCUGUCGAGCUGGGCCGCAAGCAGGGCUUCUCGCUGGUGGGCGUGGCCGGCCAGGACCUCUUCGAGGGCAACGCGACGCUCACGCUGGCGCUCGUCUGGCAGCUGAUGCGCGCCUACACGCUCUCGGUGCUCACGCAACUGGCGGACACGGGCCACCCCAUCGUGGAACAGGAGAUCGUCCAGUGGACAAAUGGAAAGCUGAAGUCCGCUGGGAAGACUUCUCAAAUCCGGAGCUUCCAAGAUCCAUGCAUUUGUGAUGCACGUCCUAUCAUCGACCUGGUGGAUGCCAUCAACCCUGGAUGCAUCAACUAUGCUCAAGUCUUGAAUGCAACUAACCAGGAGGAGCGCCUUGCAAAUGCCAAGUAUGCCAUUUCGAUGGCACGCAAACAAGGUGCCCGCAUCUAUGCACUACCGGAGGACAUUGCCGAGGGCAAGCACAAGAUGGUCAUGACUGUGUUCGCCUGCCUCAUGGCCAGGGACUACGUGCCUGGGCAGAAGCAGCAGCAGCAGGAACAGGAACAGAAGCAGUAGAAGUUGUGCUUAGCCUGUUGACAUAUUGUACAUCAGUGUGCUGUGCUCCGACAGUAGCAUCAUUCAGGCCUUGCAUGGCCUUUGUUUCUCGCAUCAGUGUUCUAGCCACUGUCAUCGUUGCAUGAUAUUGUGGCUCAAUAUAUCCACUCUGAAAGGCAAAGUUCACGAGAGAGAGAGAGAGGCUCACUGUACUUAUAAGCAUAUGGUCCUGGUGACGCUGACUUUAGCCUUUCAACCUUUCAGUGAAAAGGAGUCGCAUGCCAUCAGUGGCUGAGAAGCGAUGCUUUGCUGAAGUUUGCCACACAUAAAGACUCCUAACUGCUAACAAAGGCAGACAGAUGUAUGAGGGUAAGAAAUGACUCUACAAACUAUGAGAAGGCUCGAAAUACUUUUCUCAUCACUUAAUAUUGCUUAACUUCAGUUUACUGAGCUUCUUUUUUUAGCUUCGAAGUUGCAGAACACAUACUGGUCAUAUUUACUGUGGGAACCUACCCUGCAUAAAGAUGAGACCUUGCGUACAGCUGAGCUGAAGUAUGCUAUGCUGAAGCAAAAUCACGGUAAAAAGACUUGUUUAGCUUAUCAAUUUAUGUAGUAAAAAUAACUAAAUCAGUGCUCACUUGUACAACUAGCAUUGAAACACCGAGGGAAAAGAAAGGUUACUAUGCUAUUGAAAACUACACAACAGCAGCCUGUGGAGGAAGUCUACUGCAACAGUCUCAACAAGUGGCAAUGAUUGUCCUUCACAUGUAGUUGUUGAUUAGCAACAUUCAUUUCGGUGGUCAAAGGCUGGCCUGAAUAGACUGUUUGCUCUUGUGCGAGUGAAAACCCCAUAUGAUGGGAAGGUUUCUCUAAAUAACUUGUACAUACACUGUCAAAGUGCGAAUGCAUAAAAGCAACCCAGACUAGGAAAAAUAAAGUUGGACUUAAUAGUAGUCUAACACAAUUAUCAAAACUCACUCACGAGCAUCUACUGUUGUUUGAGGCAUUGUUAAAACAGCCUAUACAUCGAAUCAGAAAAUUGACAACCCGCGAGAAGCUCCUACGUAUUCAUUGCUGCUGUCAUUUAGAAAGUAUGUUGCCGAGUAGACCAAAGCACAAAUUUUGAGUCUUUUUGUUUAAGUGCUACAAGUACUGGUGGCUAACUUGAAAGAUACCUGCAGUUGAAGUUCCAUUUUUACAGAUUCCUCAUUGUGCUGAAAAUUGUAAAAUCUGACAAAUGGUCAAAAUUCACUCUUAAUUUCAAGUGGUGCAUGAUGUUCCUCAUAAAAUUCCAACACAAAUGUUUAACAAUGCAUAGAAAAACUGUCCAUCAAUUUAAUUGAUUUGCAUAGGCACACUAAUGAGAGCUGAUCCAUUUGUCCAUUAGGCUCACCAUACUUGUUGGCAUUGCUUUACGGUUUUCAUUUUCUUGCAAUUUAGGCAAUUGUGCUACUGCUUUUCUGCAAUUUAAGAUGUAAGGGAAUUUUAGUGCAAAUAGCAUGAGUAGAUAUUAUGCUUCAAAAUUGAUAAAUAUAUUUGACAUUCUGCUGAAAUUUUGUGUAUAGCAGCAUAUUUUUCCAUGCACAUAGACAGCUGUUGAUUUUGCAUUUUCAAUGUGAUGUGCGAAAUGUGGAAAUUACUGCUGCGAGCUGAAUGUUGGCUUUUGUGACCACGUGUGCCUGAGGCCUUAUGCAUCAAGCUGUUAUGGAGUCUUCUAAUCUGCAGUGGGUGGAGAUAGGUGGAGAAUAUAGACAAGCCAUGCUUUUUCACAUCAUGGUCCUUAAGUGGUUGUGAAUGUGCUUGAAGAUAAGAAUGUAGCAAUCGGCUGAGAACACUUUUUGCUACAUGUCUUAAAAUCUAGCUAGAGAACAGGGUCUGCUGUCAGAACGCCCCUCUUUGAUUUGUUGAUCUAUCAAGACGUGUGUAUACUGUAAAUAAGUUUUCUUUUUUUGUAAUCAGCUGUGUAUUAUGUUUGUACCAUUUCCAUGACUUCAGUGUGUUACCACGCUUAGUUUUGAUUUCGGAUGGAAGAGAAGCUUAUGUAUUAUUUACAAUGCUGUUGACUCCAAGCUUGGUUGUAAUUUUGUUGCAGUUUAUGACAUCGGCGGGCCUGCUUUGUUAUGACGUAUUAGCCCAUAUUGAAUCAUGUGCCUCCUGACAGCAGCAACCCAGAAUGCUUUGCAGUUGCUGAAUGUGGUCCUUAGGGACCAAUUCCUCUCACAAGUUUAACUUGUCUUGGUGUGCUUAUGAGCAGCAGACGUUUUCUGGCCUUGAGUCUUGCGCACGCUGUUUGGUGGCACAUCGUGGAUUCUCUUUUGUAGAGGAUCAGAUUCUCUUUCAACAUUCCAUAGGCUGUGUCGGGCAGGCACCACACAGAACCCACACAUCUGAUGUGAGGGGUUGUAUUUUUUUUUCUAAUGAAUCAAGGCCUCUGUAGGCAAGUAUGCAAAGGCACAAGUAUUGAGAAGGUUGUGCUCUUGUGUGUACAGUAUGCAGGAUCCACAAGCAGCAAGGCUAAGCUUCAGUGACAUGGCUGGCCUGUCUUAUGUGCAGCCAGUGCAAACGGUGCCAAUCCAUUAUGCUCCUGGCAUCGAAAGGUUGAGAAAGAAUGGUGCAUUUAAUUCCAGAAUAUUUUGAAAGCAUUCAGAUGAGUUUAUAAACUAUGCUUCAUCUAAUACUGUUAAGGGCUGCUCACCAGAUUUGAGCAUUUUAAAAAGACGAGUGGGGUGCAAAGAUCGUAAAUGACAAUUGUCUCCAAAGUAUCAAGCCACUGCUCUGCAUGUGAACAGCAGAAAAUUUUGGAUGAAAGCCUGUGUGCCUUUCCAAUCAAAGGAAUCUGCCUAGAAAUGAUGGUCGCAGGCGUAAACGCUUCUAUGUAAGUCACUGCCAGCAACGUCGCAAAAAAGAAGAGGCGGGGUUUAUGACUUAAACGUGACAAGGUCCCUUGGCUCUGGUAUGGGUGAAAGUAGGGAGGGAAUGUCACUUGCAAAUGCUAGGCAAGGCAAAUGGAAGUGCCCAUGUUGGUAGGGAAGCUCGCAACUCCUGAUAGCAUGGCAACACUACAUUUCAGUUUCUUCCAUCUCCUGUGAUAAAGAAUCAAUUGGAAAAAUUCUUGCAGUAAAGAUGCUCCUUGGAAGGUUGUUUACAUGUUCCAGUGCAUAUGCAGAUAUUCCACUAAGGUCUGGAAAGGGGCCUUCAAAGUUCCUUGUCACUUUUUCAAAGGGAGCUAUUUCGGAUGAACUUCACUGCAGAGAACUUUUGCCUGCACAAACUUUUAUCAGGUAUUCAUAGCAUUGUGCUACUCGUGAUAACUGCCACUUACUGGUAGUCUUAUCAAAAUGAACUGAUUCUCCUAAUAUGCUUAUGUCAGGCCUCAUAUAUUGUCAGUAAAUUUUUGUAGUGGCUUCAAACUUUGGAAAAUGGGCUAAAAGGUGCCUUCGCUUAGCAGCACAGCAUGCUUCCCUAGUCUGUACGCGGCCCUGAGUUAAGCCUCCUGGCGUCCAGUGUGAAAGAGUGACUUUUUCAAUUGUCUGGCUGGCCAUUGCUCAUGCAAAGCUGCUCUUUCGUCCAAAUGCUGUAUGUGCCUUCUUUUUUCUAUGCUGAAAUAAAGUCUACAACUUCUUA